AUGCGUCAUUCUCAGGCUGUACAUGCAAGACCGAGCGGCGAACACCCUCUCCCGACAGCGGGGGCGGCGGCGCAGGGGGAGCUGCGCGGUCCGGCCGCCAGGGGGCGCGCGCUCGCCGAGCCCGGGCGCCGCGCGGGGGCGGGGGCGGGGGCGUGCACGGGGGCGGCGUGCGGGCGCGCAGCUGCGGGCCAGGUGUUCGCGUCCCGAGGCCGCGCGGGUCGCGUCCGAAGCCAUGGGGGACAGGUAUGCGGGCCUGCGGCGGGCCCAGCUGCAUCUGGACUUCAUCCACGCCAACUCGUGAGUGCCCGGGUGGGGUCGGAGUCGGGGAGGGUCCCUGCCAAUGGAGAAGAGUUUUGCCCGCCCCCAGUUGAAAAAACAAAAAUGAACUUGGUAUCGUUGAUCACGACUCACAGUUUCCUUUUUGGAGCACUGGCUGAAUUGCUGGACAAUGCAAGAGAUGCAGGGGCUGCAAGACUUGAUGUGUUUUCAGUGGAUAAUGAAAAACUGCAGGGUGGAUUCAUGUUGUGUUUCCUGGAUGAUGGAUGUGGCAUGAGCCCUGCGGAAGCUUCAGACAUCAUUUACUUUGGAACAUCUAAAAAACGGCUGUCAACCUUGAAGUUCAUUGGGCAAUAUGGCAAUGGUCUUAAAAGUGGGUCCAUGAGAAUUGGAAAAGACUUUAUUCUUUUUACGAAAAAGGAAGAAACGAUGACCUGUGUGUUUUUUUCUCAGACGUUCUGUGAGAUAGAAGGUCUUAAUGAGGUUGUAGUUCCAAUGCCUUCAUGGUUAACAAGAACCAAAGCAUCUGUCACAGAUGAUCUCCAAAAAUUCUCAACGGAAUUAUCUAUAAUUUAUAAAUAUUCCCCAUUUAAAACUGAAGCCGAAUUGAUGCAGCAAUUUGAUGUAAUCUAUGGAAAAUGUGGCACUUUGCUGGUUAUUUAUAACUUGAAGCUUCUGCUUAGUGGAGAACCAGAGUUGGAUGUUAAAACUGACAAAGAAGAUAUACUGAUUACUGGGACUUUUGAGGAUUUUCCAGAGAGAUGGUCAUUCAGAGCCUACACAUCUGUUCUGUAUUUUGACCCAUGGAUGAGAAUAUUCAUUCAAGCCAAAAAAGUUAAAACUAAACACCUAUGUUAUUGCCUCUAUAGACCCAGAAAGUAUUUGUAUGUCACAUCUUCUUUUAAAGGAGCAUUUAAAAAUGAAGUUAAAAAGGCGGAAGAAGCAGUAAAGAUUGCUGAACUCGUGUUGAAAGAAGCACAAAUUGAAGUAAACCAAUCUGACAGAACCUCUUUGUCUUCUGCCAAGGAUGUAUUACAGAAAGCUUUGGAAGAUGUAGAAGCAAAACGUAAGAACCUUAAAGAGAAGCAGAGAGAAUUAAAAAAAGCAAGAACACUCUCCCUGUUCUUUGGGGUGAACAUAGAAAACCGAAGCCAAGCUGGAAUGUUCAUUUACAGUAAUAACCGUUUGAUCAAAAUGCAUGAGAAAGUGGGCCCACAGUUGAAGCUGAAGUCCUUACUUGGUGCAGGAGUGGUUGGAAUUGUUAAUAUACCCUUGGAGAUUAUGGAACCAUCCCAUAAUAAACAGGAAUUUCUCAAUGUCCAAGAAUAUAAUCAUCUACUAAAAGUCAUGGGACAGUACUUGGUCCAGUACUGUAAGGACACCGGGAUCAGUAAUAGAAAUUUAACCUGGUUUUGGAAUGAAUUUGGAUACCAGAAUAGCAAGGACGCGGAUAAACCUUUAGAUUCUAUUCAAUAUCAAAGAAGACAAGCCAUGGCCAUCCCAUUCAUCAUACAAUGUGAUCUUUGUCUUAAAUGGAGAGUCUUACCUUCCUCUACUGAUUAUCAGGAAAAAGAAUUUCUUGACCUCUGGAUUUGUGCUAAUAAUCCUAAUCUCUUGGAAAACAGUUGUCAUCAGGUAGAAAAGCUACCCUCCAUCCCGCUGGGCACCAUGAACACAGUGUCAUCAUCAAAAAAUGAGAAAGAGAAGCAACUUAGAGAGUCAGUCCAAAGGUAUCAAAAUAGACUGGCAGAACAGCAGCCACAGCCUCAGUUUAUACCAAUGGAUAGAAUCACUGAGUUCACAUCCACCAGGCUAACUUCAGCACCUAAGGAAAAUACCAAAACUCAGAAUAUCAGGCUUUUGGGUGAUGACUUGAAGCAUGAAACUCUUUCAUCCUUUGGACUUUUGGUCAGCCAUAGAGGCCAAAAAAGAGACACAGAAAAUACAGACUCUGAUGUAGAAUAUGUUUCCGAGACUAAAAUUAGGAAGAAGUAUAUGCGGAAGAAAAUGAAACCUCAACAGCAGAGACAUCCAGCAGCUCUGACAGAAAAUGUCAAACUAGCUGAGAGACCCCAGAAAAGUUAGAUUGCUAAUAUCAGCAGUGUCUGGAGAGCUCAACCAAGUGAAGGGCCUCUGAGGAAUGCCCAGGCCUCUCCUUGGGAAAUGAAAAGGAAGCAGAGUCUAAACCCUGUACAGAAAUGUAAGGCACUGAUUGAGGUUGAAGCCAGCAGCAGUGAUCCAGAUAUAAUCCUGGUUUUAAAUCAAAGCAACACUGAUGUUUCAUUGAAACAAGAAAAAAAGGAAAUUCCUCUUAUAAGCAAAGAAAAACAGGAGCUGUGCAUUGAUGCUCCAGCAAUAAAAAGAAACUCUUCAUUGCCUAACCUGAAAAGUCAAGUCAAUGUGCCAAUGGAAGAUGUAAAUCUAAGUUCUGGACACCAAGACAGAGUUUUUGUGAGUGGCAGUUGUAAAGUUGCUUCUUCGCUGACAUCUUUUCAAAGCACGUCUGUCAAGGAAACAGUGAGAAAACUGAUGUCCAAUUUAAGGGAAAUUCUUCUGUAUUUUUUUCCUGAAUAUCAGCUACCAUCAGAAUUUGACCAUACAUCUGUGGAAGAACUUGUAGCAAGUUCUGAGCUGGAGCAAUGCCCAGAGCUGACAAACAAAAAGCUGAAAAUGUGUUUCAACCAGAUUCAGAAUAUUUACAUGGUCCAAUAUGAAAAAGAACUAAAGAAAAAAAUGCAGUCCAUUAUCUAUGAAGCAAAUAAAAAAGGAGUACUUAAUGAAGUUUCUCUGGGGCAAUGUGAAGAAAAAAGAAAAAUUACUGAGGAUAAACUGAAGAAUCUUCGUGUUAAACUGGCAGUAUUGUUGCAGAAACUUCAGCUGGGUGGUCCCGCAGAUGACCUGGAGCAGAUUGACACUUAUUUAGAAGCUUUGCUUAAAGAAGAUAAUCCUUUCCAGAACACUUUAAAUAAAGUGACUGUAGAUAUAGGACAUAGUCUCCCUUUAGAAAAGAAUGAAAGAACUUCUCAAAAUUAA